CACAUGGUUGUGCAUGGUUUAUGACUGCCGAAAGAACAGCGAAAAGACGCGAAAUGAUCAGCAAAUCCCGAAACCCAUUGCAUGCCUGAUGAAUGACUGUACUAGAAAAAGACGUUGUCACAGAUGUCAGUGGCACGGCGUAAGAGCGUAGCGUUGACGAGAGGGGACCAAGUGGGUAUUGCUCUUUCCUUGAUUCUGAGAUUGCAGACUAGAGCAGGACUUUUUGGUUGGAGAUAUAUGUGAGAUAUAAGUCUUGGAUCCUGCCUCAACGCUAUCUCACGGGUGCCUGCGUCCGUUUCAAGGUGGCCAGCCACGGGAAAUGUCGAGUGAACGCUUCAAUAAUAAUGUGUAGUAACUGCACGACCCAAUCGACCCUACUACCCACGCAAGUCUCCCGAACUUCCCGAGGAACCCAAGCGACUCGCAAAUAUGGCCGCGAACAAAACCGAUUACCAAAUUGCCUCUUUGGCAGCCGGCUUCACCAUAGGAUUCGGUUUCCUUACAGUAUGGGAGGCUAGCAAGCAAACAAGGCGGAACAAGAACCCUCUUCGAAGCACCUACAUCUACAUGUUAUGGGGUGAAAUCGCCGUCAACAUUGUCAUUGGGAUCUUGGGGUGGCUCUUUUUAGAUGGGAUAGUUGGAGCCACAGUACCGGUGCUUUUUUUCAUCCUCUUUCUCUGGGUCUUUGAGGUCCAGAUUCUCAUGCAGAUCAUUAUCAAUCGAAUAGCCAUCAUCAUGGAAAGGCAGGACUCGAUUCGAUGGAUGAAAUGGGGAACCGUAGUGGGCAUCACCACCAUCAACGUGGCCGUGUUCUGCAUCUGGAUUCCAGCCCACACAGUGCCGCCAGCGAGUGACACCUAUGUGGCCAUCAACCAGUACUGGGAUCGGAUAUCCAAAGUGCUCAUCCUGUUCGUUGACGCAGGCUUCAACUGGUACUUCUUGCGCAUUGUCCAGAAGAGAAUCCUCGAGCAACAUGGCUUGACCAAAUACGCCCCCUUGGUCAGCUUCAACGCCAAGCUCAUGGUCUUGUCGGUUGCUAUGGACGCAAUGUUGAUCGGUCUGAUGUCCCUGCCCAAUGAGGUAGUCUACAUCCAAUUCCACCCCGUGGCCUACAUGGUCAAGCUCAACAUUGAAAUGUCCAUGGCAUCUCUGAUCACGCGCUUGGCACAGGGCAAGAAUUCCGACGCCCAUUUCAACUCCCUUUCCUAUUCCACCCGGAACAGAAAUUGCCACAACCAGAAAUACGACCCCACCGAGCGCGCCGUGGGCCUAAGGUCCUUCACCAAGUCCAGGGCGCAGGCUGAGCCCGGGCACGGAACUGGCAUCAACAGAAGAUUCGAUGUCGAAGUCACCGUGCACCAUGAUGAGCCCAGCGAGCGGCAUUCCAGCAAGGGGCAUGGCAAUCAUGUGGUUGAAUUUACCGAGCUCGAGGACGAGAUGUCGUUGACGUACAACCCGGGCCCACCGAGAACAACUGCGUAUAAAUAAGUUAUAACGUUGUGGUGUAGAAGGUUUCCAUGGAGAGGGGCGGCCCAUUGAAGCUGUCCACAAUGUUACUACAUAUUCAGCAGUGCAGCGUUAACCGG